CAAGAGGGAAGACAGAAUUGCCGCUUAAAAUUUUGAAACGCAAAUUGCCUUUUGUUGAUCACUCACAGGAAUCAAGAGUGCAGUGUCGUCGUUCUACUCUUCCCUCCCACUCCCAGUCGCAAAUGUCGGAGCCUCAGCAGCCAAUCGUCCUCUCCGACGAAGAAGAAGACCGAAAUGCGCUCUCUUCAACCCCUCCAUUUCAAUCAUUCCACCACUCUAAGAGACGCCGAACAGAACUCGUUCCAUACCCGAAUCCUCCUCCUCCUCCUCCUACCGUUCUCGUCCUCGACGACGACGACGAUGGUCCCACCUCCUCCCGCUACUUGGUCCUCGAUGAGUCUCCAUGCACAAAAGCACCUUCGGACUUCCAAACCCAAACUAGGGUUUCACAUUCCCAACACAAAUUCUCCGGCACCGAUGGAUUGGUAUGCUUGGAAUCUGAUGAUGAGUGUGAAAGUGGUUGUGGAAGGGGAAGGGAGAAGGAGAAUGAAUCAGCUGCUGGUGUUUCUGGUGUGCUGAAGGACUUAGGUUGGAUAUCCGGAUUUGACGAGUCCCCAUGUUCUUUUGGACAUGAUGAUCUACAACAUGUUUCUGGGAGUUCUUCACAACCUAUGGCUUUUCAAGAAGAUAUUGAUCAGGUAUUUGGUUAUCCUGACAAAGAAAAUAGAACGGAUCAGACGAGAAACAUUGUGAAACAGAGGAGAAAAACUAAAGCUAAUUCUGAAAACGAAAAUAUUGCACAAGCAACGGACAAAAAGAAGAUGGCGAAAGAGGAAAGGAUACGCCAAAGAGAAGAAAAGAAUAAAAAAGAGAAAGAAGAGAAGCUGCAAAGAACAUAUCUGAAAGCUGAAGCAGCAAAAAUAAAAAAACUUGAGAAAGAAAAGCAAAGGUGGGAAAAAGGAAAGUUUGCUUUAAAAUCCAUUGUGGCUGAGAUUGAUACGAAAGUAUUGGAAUUGGGGUCAGUUGGAGGAAGUCUGCUUACAAAGAUUUCUGAAAGAGGGCUAACAUACCGCAUAACAUCAAAUCCAAUUGAAAGAUCAAUUAUCUGGACCAUGACUGUUCCAGAACAUAUUUUACAGACUUCUCCUGAAGGAACAGAGGUUAAAUACAUAUUACUGGUGUAUGAAGCUGAAGAGUUUUGUAACCUUGUCAUCAAUGAAUCUGUUUUGGACCAUGUUUUAAGUGUUCGAAGUCGUUAUCCAACUUAUACAGUGUGUUAUCUAACAAAUAGGUUGAUGGCUUAUAUUGAUAAAAGGGAACAAGAAGUGUACAAGAACCCAACAAAUCAUAAUGGCUGGAGACGCCCACCUGUUGAGGAGGUGCUGGCAAAGUUGACCACUAAUUUUAUUAAAGUACAUUCCAGGCUGUGCAUAGAUGAGGCUGAACUUGCUGAACAUAUUGUUGGUUUAACAUGCAACUUGUCAUCCUGCCAAUUUAGAAAGAAGUUAACCAGACUGGAUGUAAAUGCUAAUGAAUCUCUUACCAUUAAGGACUGCGUUGACAGGGAUUUAAUCAGAAAAAGCUCAUGGUUAAAAGCAUUGGUGGCUAUCCCGAAGGUACAGCCGCGAUUUGCUAUUGCUAUAUGGAAGAAGUACCCUACCAUGAAACUUCUUUUGAGUGUUUACAUGGACCCAAAUAUACCAGUUUGCGAAAAGGAAUUUCUGCUCAAGGACUUGAUAACGGAGGGUUUACUCGGCGAUGACAGAAGAUUGGGUGAGGUUUGUUCCAGAAGAGUGUACAGAAUACUUAUGGCACAAAGUGGAUCCAUUAAAACUGAUGAUGCUGAGGACGGUGCUGAUUUGUUCAGGCGUCAAUUGACUUGAAAAAACUUCUCUCCGGAUUUGUCUAGUACUUUUUGAUCCUCCGGAGUCCGCCAUGCCCAUGAUAAUCCGGCCGCCAUGAUUUAUUUUUGGUAAAUGUUAUAUUUGGGGCCUUAAAUAGUAGUUCUUCUUUAUAGUAUAAAAAGUAAAAAGAUUCUUGGCUGUAUAAAAAAAAUGGUUAAUUUCAUAUUUCCCACCUAAAGUUUUACAGUA